AUGAGACCUCGGCACGGCACAAAGCUUGAAAGGAUCGUUGGGACAACUUUCGUAUCCGGAGAAACGUUCGAAACUUUCUUGUUGCACUGCGAUGAAUAUUUAGUGCCCGCUACGCAACGGUGCUUCCGCCUCCGGGAGAUCCGGCGCUGUGUCAUGAUCGGCGAUCAUUUUCAGGACGUAAAACGAGAAUGUUCGUGUUCUGCCGCGUCAAAAGCUGACGUGGUGUUCUUACAUCGUGGAGUUCCGCUCGCAUCGAAUCAGAAUACACCUCGUCUUGGUUGCAGAGAAAAGUACUCGACGCAGAACGGAGCGCUCCACCUGCCCACGAGGCUGAUUUCGAUCUGUUUUCAAACAUCUGCUGACAUAGUCUGCAUGAGGCGCACUGCGUGGACCAGAAUUGAUAUGCCGAGACGUGUAUUCUCGCACGUAAGGUUGCAAGAUGGCGUUCCGAGUAAACGCAACGAUAGUCUUCUAGAUGUGUCAUUUUCUGCACGUGAUGUGGAACUGCCGAACUGGUUUGUUCCUGAUUUCGGUGCAAUAAGGAAAUGCACUUGUCGCCUCUACUCUGAGAUAAAAGGGAAACCGUGUUUUCCACUUUAUCGUUGUGGAGCUGGCUGGCUUCAAAAGACUGAGACUACAUAUGCUGAUUCCACACACAGCAAAACUGGUGUUCUGGAAGGUAUCUCUGUCUGCAUCAACUCGGUGAGACCUUUCGAUAUGUUACAAAGCAGGGAACUACAUCGUGAGUGUCUGCUGAUUCUUCAGAGACAAGGCGCUGUGAGCCUCAAGUGCGAUGACGCAUGGAAUGAUGCUACGAAAUGCUCCACACUUUUAGACCUGAGAACACUGCACCACAGAGCUACAAAACUUUCAUCUGUGCAAGGAAACUAUUCCCUCUUGCAACAAACCACCCCUAGAGGAGUGCUCCCUAUUUAUGAUAUGACAGAUGAUAACCGCAAAGGAGGGAAGUUGUGUUUUGAAGAAUUUCUGACUGAAGUCGGCACGACGUUCAAGUCUCUAUGCUCUCCAUAUCGAUCACUCGGGCCAAAAGAUCGUGAAGCGCUGUUCUUGCAAAUAUUUCGGUCCCGCUCACGAGUGCGCCUCCCAUAUCUGACUUCCCUUGCUCUCGAUUGUUUGAACUUGGUACAUCUGUCAAGCAGUUUCAACGCGAUUCAGCAGUCGACCGUGCAUUUCUGGAGUCCGCAAUCUAUUGCAAUUGGUAGUGGAUCGAUUUUGCGCUUGAUGCUUGAUACGUGCGAGCAGCGGUGCUCACCUAGGGAGAAAGCAAAUACAGUAGCUCAUGCGAAUGAUGUUCAGCCUGAGGAUCAUGCGAGGAAGCGUCACUUGAACAUCACUGACGCAAGUGAACAUGAAAACCUGAUAUUGAUAGAAGCUGCAAAACGCAUCGAACAAAACUUGAAGUUUGUGGACGUUGAUGGGCAAGACUCUUUGAAGGGUCAUGUAGUGCUGGAAAACAAAAACGGGCAUAAUCUUUGGGGUGCUGGAAUCAUCUCUCCGUGGAUGUAUUACAUGAGCAUGGGAUCUGUUUUCUGUUGCCACAUAGAGGACUACGCAUUUGGCUCUGCCAAUGCAAUCAUCGCCCCCCCUGAUUCUCAUACAUGGGUCGUUUGGUACUCUGUUUCUCGAAAGGAUUUGGGCAACUUGCACUUAUAUCUUCAAGAUCUCAUGGGUGUUAAUUACACUUUGGAUUGUUUGGAGAAAAGAAAAGUCUGGCUCGAUCCAGUGGCCAUGAAGGCAUGGCGGGGUGCGGAAGGUGAGCAAAUCAACGUCUUCCAUCACUUGCAAGGACCAUCGGAAUAUGUCAUCACCGACUAUGGAUCUGUACACUGGGGUGUCAAUCUCGGUGUCGGAUGGAAAGCUGCGGUCAACUUUGCAUUUUCUGAUUGGCGCGCGGCAGCAGAACUUGUCCACCUUGUGUACAAAGACCGUGAGAUUGCAACUGGCCAACAAAGGAACUACCGCUGCGUACCAGAUUUCUGCUCAGGGUGCUGGGGGUAA